AGUCGGUGACGUGCGUCUUCGACAUCUCCAACGCGAUCGAAAUCUAAUCCAAAAUCCAACUUUAAAAUCAUCCAAAAUUCCAAUUUAUUAUCCGAAUCUAAUUCCCGACUGUUCAAUACUUUACUUUCAUGACACAAAAUAAAGUUUCACAAAUUAGAAAAAAUAAUUAAUGAAAAAAAGAAAAAACUCCAAACGAAACAGCGUUGAAUUCUCCACCAACUCUGUUUGGUAACUAGUAAGCAAACAGUCUCCUCCUAUUCAAAUCUCAUAUUUAUCUAUGAAUCUAUACAUACAUAUAUAUGUAUAUAUAUAUUUCCUCUUAAUUUUGCGGAACCUCCAAAGCCACUCUCUAGCACUAAAACCACAAACUGAAACCGAGAGACCCACCCAAGGCGGAAACUUAGAGAGAGAAACUAGAGCCAGAAAGUUGAAGCCAGCCACUCGAAGAUCGCAGAUUCUGUUACUGAUACAAGCAUUUUAUUUGGUCAUUGAGAUCUUACCAGCAGGUUAAAUUGUAAAAAAUGCAAGCUUCAGCAUAUACAGUCAAAGGGAACAUACCUUUCCACACUCAAAACCGUAGGGUUUUACAAGGUUUUGGUGAAUUGAGGAAGCGAAGUUUGGCUUUGAACAAUCUCUGCAUGACAGAGAGGUCCUCUUGCUUCGGAUUACGCCUCGGUUCGGUCGAUAUGGAGGCCGAGCUUACCCGGGCCCGGAGAAGUGUCGGCGACGUGUUUAUGUCAUCCGCCAAGGGCAGAUCAGUCAAGGCUCAAGCCUAUGAAGGUGAUAUUGAAGAUGCUGCUCCUGCCAAAAUCCAAGGGAAAUCUUCUGGAACUGUUUUGCCAUAUGUUGGUGUUGCCUGUUUGGGAGCCAUUUUAUUUGGAUAUCAUUUAGGGGUUGUAAAUGGUGCACUUGAGUACCUCGCUAAGGAUCUGGGAAUUGUUGAAAACACUGUCUUACAAGGAUGGGUUGUUAGCGCACUUCUUGCUGGUGCCACUGUUGGUUCAUUUACUGGUGGCACGUUGGCUGACAAGUUUGGCAGAACAAGAACUUUUCAAUUGGAUGCAAUUCCACUUGCAGUUGGAGCAUUUCUUUGUGCCACGGCCCAGAGUGUACAGACAAUGAUUGUUGGCCGCUUACUUGCUGGUAUUGGAAUUGGCAUCUCAUCUGCUAUUGUGCCACUUUACAUAUCUGAGAUCUCACCUACUGAAAUCCGCGGCACACUUGGAUCUGUCAACCAACUUUUUAUUUGUAUUGGGAUUCUUGCAGCUUUGGUGGCUGGGUUACCCUUAGCGGGAAACCCUCUAUGGUGGAGGACAAUGUUUGGUAUUGCAGUUGUUCCAUCUGUUCUAUUGGCCCUGGGAAUGACAUUUUCUCCAGAAAGUCCUCGGUGGCUUUAUCAGCAAGGAAAAAUUUCCCAAGCUGAGACAGCCAUAAGAACACUAUUUGGAAAAGAAAGAGUUGCUGAGGUUAUGAAUGAUUUAGAUUUAGCGGCUCAAGGUUCUUCAGAACCCGAAGCUGGGUGGUUUGAUCUUUUCAGUAGCCGCUACAGGAAAGUUGUUAGUGUUGGUGCCGCACUUUUCUUGUUCCAACAAUUGGCUGGAAUAAACGCUGUGGUAUAUUAUUCUACUGCUGUGUUUCGCAGUGCUGGAAUUGCAUCUGAUGUUGCAGCUAGUGCUCUCGUUGGAGCAUCAAAUGUCUUUGGCACAACUAUAGCAUCCUCUUUGAUGGAUAAGCAAGGAAGGAAAAGUCUUCUGAUGACAAGCUUUGCUGGCAUGGCUGCUUCAAUGUUGCUGCUUUCCUUGUCUUUCACUUGGAAGGCCCUGGCACCAUAUGCUGGCACCCUUGCCGUUGUUGGAACUGUUCUCUACGUCCUGUCCUUUUCACUUGGUGCUGGUCCUGUACCCGCUCUUCUACUUCCAGAGAUAUUUGCCUCCAGAAUUAGAGCAAAGGCAGUUGCAUUAUCGCUUGGCAUGCAUUGGAUAUCCAACUUCGUCAUUGGCCUCUAUUUCUUGAGUGUUGUGACUAAGUUUGGAAUCAGCUCAGUGUACUUGGGCUUUUCGAUGGUUUGUUUUCUAGCGGUCUUGUACAUCGCUGGUAACGUUGUGGAAACAAAGGGGCGUUCCUUGGAGGAAAUAGAGAGGGCUCUUAACCCAGCAAUUUCAUCGGGACAUCUCUGAAACUGUUAGUGGCAAAAAGAAAAAUUUCUGCAGCUCACUGACAUUGACCUGAGGUAGUUGCUUCUCGUCCGCGGAUGCGAGUCCCAAAUUCUACCAAGUUUAGGACGUGGUGGUUGCUUGUUUCAUGUCCCCACCGUUUCUUUUUUCGUUUUCGUUUUCGUUUUCGUUUUGGACAUCCCUUAGUUGUAGUUAGUGCUAGUGAAGCGUUUGUUUUGAAAUCCAGAGUUGUGACAUUGAUGAAUUGGGUCUUUGGGGCUGUGUGAAAUAUAUGGGUUCUUUUUCACUCAAAUUUUGCAUUUUUUUGUUGAAUCUCGGAGAUUACUUAGAACUUUGAAAUGUGCUGCCAUGUAAGAGAGAUGGUUCUGGUAGGUUCCAAGCUAAAGUUUCACCAAUUGAUUUGCUGUUUGUUAAGAAAACUGCUUUUUGUGGAAUAUAUUGCUUUACAUCUGAAAUGUAUAGAGAAUAUUAUUCUCA